AUGACUUUUGCUAGAAAACGUUUAAAUCAACCGCCAAUAUAUCGAACAAUAAAGAGAAAUCCUUUUUUACUUUUUGGUUUACCAUUGAUUAUUUCUGUGGUAGGAGGUUCCUUUGUUUUAAGUCAAUUGACACAAACCAGAUAUGAUUUAUACGAAAAUAAGACUAAAAAGAUUGAGAGAGAAGAAAAAUUACAAAUGAAUAAAGAUAGACGAUCUGUUAGCAUUCAAGAGGAGUAUUGGAGGUUACAGGCAAAUCAAAAAGAACUUGAUAAUUGGGAAAUUAAGCGAGUUGAAAGGCCUCCUGGCGCAUUUGAUGGAAUAUUAAAGUAA